AUGAGAUUAAAGGUUGCAUGGAAAGAUUUCAAAUUUGUUAUUCCAACUGGAAAGUCAAAUAAAAUUUCAGAUUUAUUUAAAGAAAUUGCCAACAAAUUUGCAGCUUACUCAACAGAAGAAUUCAUUGUUUCAGAAUUAAAAACUUCUGAUGGUUUUGUUAUUUCACCACAUUAUUUAGUCGAAGAUGCUUUAUUAGAAAAUGAUAUUUUAUUAGUUGUAGAUUUUGAAUCUUGGAAAAAUGAACAAUUUAAAUUAUGUACAAAAAGUUUUGUAUUAUUUGCAUUAGAAAAUUUCCAAGAUGAUAAUAAAUUAAGAGUUAAUAUUGGUUUAAAUACAUUAAAUAAAUUAUUUGUAUCAAUUGGAUUAUAUAAUAAAUUAUAUAGAUUAGAAUUAUUUGAUUCAGCAGAUCUUAAAGCAUUCCAUAAGGAAGGUGAACAUCCAGUUACUCAUUGGGAAGAUGGUAAAGGUAAUGAUGCAAAAGUAAUCUUUGUUGUUCAAGGUGGUAUUGUUACUAAAGUUAAAACUGAAAUUUCAACCGUUUCUUCACCAAAACCAUUAAUUCAAACCAUUGAUAUCAAAUUAAAUGGUACAAAGAUUGAAGCUGGUGAAAUUAAAACCAUUCAAGAAGCUUAUGAACCAUACGAUAGUGAUAGCAGUGUAGUUGUACCAGAGGAAGUUAGAGAAGGUAAAUCUUAUCAAGAUUAUGACCAAUACGAUUAUUACACAACCGAUGGUGGUAAUGGAAGUGAUGCAUCUCAUCAUGCAGUCGUUAUAGGUCCAUCCGAUAUUCGUUUCGAACAAGUUGAUAUCACUCGUUCAGAAAUGAGUAAUUAUGCCACUAGUAAUGGUGGUUUCAUGAAUAGUUUCUUCACUGAUUUCCAAAUUACAAAUAACAAUGCCGAUAGAGUCACCCUUUCAAAGAUUACUGCAGAGUAUCAAGACAAACAAGGUAAAUGGGUACCAUUUACCAAUGCUCUCUUUGGUACUAAAAGAAGUAACCAAAUCAAUGAUUACUCUUGGAGAACUGAUAACAUUUUAAUUCCAUUAGAAUCAAGAGAUACCAUUAAACUUUCAACCAAUACUCGUGUAGAAAUUAAAGGUGUCAAUAGUGAACGUCUUCAACGUAGUCAUCAUUCAUUACCAAAUGAAUUACAUAUUAAAAUUUACAUUCAUGAUGACAAACAAAAUGUAACCACCAUUCCAGUAUUUUACAAGAAUAAAACUGAGGAUCCAGUAACAAUGACAUUGAAAACUCGUCAAGCUCGUGUUGAAAAACCAAUCAUUUUCUUCCAAACUGUUGAUAACUUGGAAACCAAUGUUCGUGGUUGGGUUCAAAUUGUUACCGAUAAAAGUGAUGGUAAAAAUAUCUUCAAUUUCACAUCUAUUUGUUCCAAUAGCUCUCAUUAUAUCUCUCAAGCUGCUUUACACUCUUUUGUCUAUGAUGCAAAGAAAGAAAAUCAAAAGAAAUACAAAAUCAAAAACUAUUGUGCUAGUAACUCUGAUUUCCAAUUAGAAGUCUUUGCAAAUGUAAACUUUGAAACCUCAAAAGUUGAUUCCCUUUGUUUCGAAUUAUCCGAUAAAAAAGGUAUCUCUAAAUCUGUUAAAUAUUUCCCAAUUAAAAAACUAACUGAAUAA